CCCGAACGACUCAAGCCCUGCUGUGUUGACCUACAACUCAGGUCAAUACCUUUCAUUAUGGAUCGCAACGGGGCAGCCCAUAGCUUGCCGCCAGCCAAGCGACAGAGAACGGGUCACUUUCAACAUGACCAAGAUCAGAUGUGGCAUCGAGAACAACUUGUGAAAUCGGGCCUUGCACAGCAAACUGGAGUUCAACAUGCGCACAACCUCGCCGAAGACCAAGAGGAUACCCGAGUACAUCUGAGUGUCCACGAACUUCGACCUCCCUUCCUCGAUGGCCGCACGAUCUUCACCACGCAGCUGGACCCGAUUUCCGCCAUUCGAGACCCCCAGAGUGAUAUGGCUGUGUUCAGUCGAAAGGGAAGCAAAGUGGUACGGGAACGUCGACAGCAGCGGGAGCGGCAAAGGCAGGCGCAGGAUGCGACGACGAUGGCGGGUACUACACUGGGAAAUCUUAUGGGUGUCAAAGAGGAGGAGGAAGGUGACAGUGCGGUGGCUGCGCCAGUUGAGGAGGUCUACAAGCGCGGAGGAAACAAGUUUGCAAAGCAUCUCAAGAAGGACGAAGGUGGCUCCAGCUUGUUUAGCAAAAGCAAGACUUUGCGCGAACAGAGAGAAUAUCUUCCUGCCUUUGCGGUCCGUGAAGAUCUCCUGCGAGUGAUUCGGGAUAAUCAAGUCAUUGUGGUUGUGGGUGAAACUGGCUCUGGCAAAACGACGCAGUUGACUCAGUUUCUCUAUGAAGACGGCUACUCGAAGCUUGGUAUGAUUGGAUGCACGCAGCCUCGUCGUGUGGCAGCCAUGAGUGUCGCGAAGCGUGUCAGUGAAGAGAUGGAAGUGGACCUCGGUGAUCUCGUCGGAUAUGCUAUUCGUUUCGAGGAUUGUACCAGCGAUAAGACUGUGAUCAAAUACAUGACGGACGGUGUCCUUCUCCGAGAGUCUUUGGCUCAGGCUGAUUUGGAUAAAUACUCGUGCAUUAUCAUGGAUGAAGCGCACGAGAGAGGUCUGAACACGGAUGUCUUGAUGGGUCUUCUCAAAAAGGUUCUCGCUCGACGAAGAGACCUCAAAUUGAUUGUCACAUCGGCCACGAUGAACUCAGAACGCUUUUCGCGCUUUUUCGGUGGAGCGCCGGAGUUCAUCAUUCCUGGCAGAACAUUCCCAGUGGACCUCCACUUUUCCAGGUCCCCCUGUGAAGAUUAUGUCGACAGUGCGGUUAAGCAGGUCUUGACCAUCCAUGUCUCGCAAGGCCCCGGCGAUAUUCUUGUUUUUAUGACUGGACAAGAAGAUAUUGAAGCAACUUGCGAACUCAUUGAUGAGCGGUUGAAUCUGCUCAACGAUCCACCAAAACUCAGUAUACUGCCUAUUUACAGUCAAUUGCCGGCAGAGCAACAGGCCAAGGUCUUCGAAAGGGCAGACAAGGGUGUUCGCAAGGUCAUUGUGGCCACCAACAUUGCUGAAACCAGUUUGACUAUCGACGGAAUUAUGUACGUCGUGGAUCCUGGAUACUCCAAGCUCAAGACGUACAACCCCAAGAUGGGCAUGGACAGUCUUCAAAUUACCCCGAUCUCCCAAGCCAAUGCCAAUCAGCGAUCUGGUCGUGCUGGAAGAACUGGUCCUGGAAAGGCUUAUCGCUUAUACACGGAAGCGGCAUUUAAGAAUGAGCUGUACAUGCAGACGAUCCCGGAAAUUCAGCGCACAAGUCUUGCCAACACAGUGUUGCUGCUGAAGUCCCUUGGCGUGAAAGAUCUUCUCGAAUUCGACUUUAUGGAUCCGCCCUCGCAAGAGGUCAUGUCCACGUCCCUUUUCGAACUUUGGGCCCUUGGAGCUCUAGACAAUCUGGGUGAACUGACCCAACUAGGCCGCCGCAUGACGCCUUUCCCGGCUGACCCGGCGCUUGCCAAGCUAAUCAUUAUGGCCUCUGAGGUGUAUGGCUGCAGUGAGGAGAUGCUCACCAUUGUGUCUAUGCUCACCGUCCCCCACGUCUUCUAUCGCCCCAGGGAGCGCGAGGAGGAGGCCGAUUCUGCUCAUGAAAAGUUCUACGUUCACGAAUCGGACCAUCUGACUCUCCUCCAUGUUUUUACACAGUGGAAGGCUAACGGCUGUUCCGACCGCUGGUGCACUCGACACUUCCUCCAUGCGAAAAAUUUGAGGCAGGCCAAGGAAGUUCGUGACCAAUUCCAAGACAUCAUGACACAGCAAAAGAUGCCACUCAUUAGCUGCGGUACGGACUGGGAUGUCAUCCGUAAAUGCAUUUGCUCUGGCUUCUACCAUCAAGCUGCCCGACGAGGCGGUGGCAGUGGCAGUGAAAAGGAGUACCUCAAUCUGCGCACCAGUGUGUCUAUGUAUCUGCAAAGAUCAAGCGCCCUGUCUGGGCUCAGCGAUGCGCCUCCAUUCGUUGUCUAUCACGAGUUGAGAUUAACGGCAAGAGAGUACAUGUCCGUUGUAACAGCCGUUGACCCCGAGUGGCUUGCCGAUCUUGGUGGCGUCUUCUACUCCAUGAAAGAAAAAGGCUACUCGCAACGUGACCGUCGCUUCAAAGAGCGAGAAAUCAACAAGAGCAUGCAAAUCCAACAAGAGAUGGCGGACGCUCGUGCGAUUGCCGCCAGGGCUAAAGAAGCCGAGAAAGGACUCGACACUGUGCGACGCAAGACUGAAGUCGAGGUUGGAGGAGCCCGGUCAGUUGUCCGUCGACCUGCUGUUAUUCAGGGCGGCAAGAGGCAGAUUGGCGGGGUGACUCCUUCUUCAUCUCCAUCUCCCCGGCCUGGUGCUGGAAGCAGUGGCUCCGGGGGCAGCGUGGUGAAGAAACCCAUUGGGCGGAGGAGGCCAGGUCAGUUUUAA